AUGAACAAAGCAUUGAUCAUAUUCGCCUUAUUAUUUAUAACCCAAGCCACAGACGAGCGUGAGUUUCUUGAAGGCUUUCUAUCAGGAUUCCAAGAAACAGACGUAGAAAUUGGAGAAGACUGCUUAAACCCAGCUUAUGUCCAAAAAGUGAGCUUAAAUGUAAAGGCAAUAGUGGAAGCUUUAUAUCAUAAAAGCUACUUGAAAGCAGGAAUUAUAGUAAAAACUUUUCUGGCAGAGGCUGAGCAUGAAUUGGACAGCUGCCAUUAUCAUGAAGUUGUAGGAAUUUUUUCAACAAUCAGCGAAGUAGGCCCGAGGACUCUUUUGUUUAGGCUGUACACGAAUUUUGAGUUUAUUGAAGCAAAUAUUAUGCAGAUGGCGAAUGCUAAGAAUGUCCAUGAAGCUGGAGAACAUUUUGGGAAGGCCUUGAGAUAUUUUAUUGAAGAUAUCCUGGGGUAUUUUAAAUAAAUGAGAUGCUAUUUAUAAGAUUAUAUUGAAAAAGACUUUAGAAAUAAAAAUAAUUCCUUACGAAUUUUAUACAAAUUUAACUAAAAUUAUAUAAUCCUCAUCCAGCCUUGAUUGACAUCAAUAAACUUUAUGAUAUUUCAGUCGGAUUUUUCGCCAGGAUUGGAGAAACUUGUAAAAAUCCAUCCUGUGUCAGUAGCCUCAACGAAAUUCCUAGUUCUCUCACACUUGCAGGAAGCUCGCUCAAUAGUGUCAUCAAAGGAGAUCAAAAUUUAAACAGCCUGACCAUAAAAAUCGCUUUAUUAGUACUUGAUCUUAAAAAAGUUAACGGUAAUUGUGACCUGGCAGACUUUAAAGCAAAAAUUGCAAAAUUAUUCACAUCAGAUGGGCUCACCCAAGCUACAAUUAGAUAUGGAAUGAAUAUUAAAAAAAUAAACGCUAAGAAGGCAGAGCUUGCAAAGGCUUAUUCUAUCUUAGAUUACAAGCAAGCAGGAAGCAUUUAUGCAGAUUUGUUAAAAAUCUUGUUGAACUGGCAGCUUAAUUAA